CAAAAAUGACACGCAAUAGCGAGAACCAAUAAAAAACGACGCGCAAAUACAUGAGUUUUUAUAUUCAAGUGAUCAAGCAUACAAACAUUGUUCACUAAUUUGAUCUGCGUUAAUACAUUUUCCUAGGAGUUUGUGAACAGUGCAGGAUACCUCAAUAAAUCGAAUGUUUUGAUGUCGUGAAGCAUGAGCACGGCGUGACUUCCAUGCCCUGCGUGCCUACGGAAGGGCGUGCGGUGCGGAUUACGUUUACUAUGAAUGAUUUUAUCUCUUUCUAAACUUGAGUGUCUGUGAAUGACCGAGUGUAAUAGCGAGCGUACCAAAUUAUGGAUUGAAUAGUGUUUGUUGUUGAUGUAUUAUGAUAUGAUUAUUUCGCAAAGAUAAAAAUCGCCGUCGACUGUUAUCGUGUCGUCUUGAAUUCGUGGUGCCCACCAAACAGCAGUCAUAUGGCACGAGUGUAACUACGCGGGACGAGGUGAAUUCGUUACGCUGUUCGAUUUAUCAUAAGCGCUACUAUUUACGCACUAUACGAAAAGGAUAGUACGUAUUUUUAGUUGCGACGCGUGUUCGACAGUGGUAGCGUAGGUUCGACAAUUCGGGUGACUUUCAUCAGCGAAGUAAACAACUUCAAGGUUAUCGGUCGGCAUGUGCCAGCGUUCGUCGGGGAUCGGGAUGCGGGCGCGCUAACAUGUCCGCGGGAGCGGGCGGCGGCGCGGGCGCCAUCGUGCGCCAGGGCCAUCUGCGCAAGCUGAAGACGAUGAAGAAGAAAUACUUCGUGCUGCGCGCGGAGACGGCCGAGUGCUCGGCGCGGCUGGAGUACUACGAGUCGGAGAAGAAGUUCCGCGCCGGCGCCUCGCCGCGCCGCGUGCUGCCGCUCAAGAGCUGCUACAACAUCACGCGGCGCCUGGACCUCAAGCAGAAGCACGUGGUGGCGCUGUUCACGCGCGAGGAGCAGUUCUGCAUCGUGGCCGAGAACGAGACGGACCUGCACGCCUGGCUCACCGCCAUCCUCAAGCAGCACCGCUCCGACGACGCCAGCGCCGAGCUACUCCAUCCCAUACAACACGUAUGGCAAGUGAACGUUCAGAAGAAAGGUCUGGGGUCUUCCAAGAAUAUCCAGGGGCUGUACAACCUGUGCUUGACUGACAAGACCCUCACCCUGGUCAAGAUCAAAAGCCACAACAAUGUCAUCAGCGACCUGGGAAUACCGGAACGGAUCGAGUACACCCUGAAAAAUAUCAGGAGAUGCGGCGAUUCAGAGUGUUUCUUCUACAUGGAGGUGGGCCGGCAGACGGCGACGGGCGCCGGCGAGCUGUGGAUGCACUCGGAAGACUCCAACAUCGCUCAGAGCAUGCACUCCACUAUCCUCCUCGCAAUGAGGAACUGCGCCAAAGAGUCGGAGAACGAGCGCGACCACAUCAUCCUACCCGUGGACGCGCCGGCACUUGCGCCGCGCAGCCAGUCCUACUCCGACACCAAGCACGGCCGCGCCGGGCUCUCCAACGCCGAAAACCAACCGCCGAAUAACUCAUUAAGUAGCGAUAGCCGCGAGAAGGCGCGCGGGGUCAAACACCACCGCACGGUGUCGCUGCCGGCCGGCUGUCCCUGCGCCGCGCCGCGGGUGGUUCACGAGCGCACGCGGUCCGCGCCGCUCGCCGGCGAGGCCGACCGCGAACCGAAGAGCUGGGCCCGCCGCGCCUCCACCGGCGCCCGGCACGCCAAGCUGUCUCCUGCCCAUGCCAAGAAUGCAGUCCGCAGUCGCUGCGACAGUAUGCCGUCGCGAGUGUCGGUGUACGAGGUGGUGGAAAGGCCUCCACCGAGGUUAAACGACAUUGACGGUGUGGAGGCGUCCCGCGACGAGCCGGACGCGAUGGCGGAGUGGUCGCGCACGCCGCGGAUACCCGAGGAGCCGGACUGCUGCGACGUGUCCCGGGACUUCGUCAGCUCGGGCGGGCGGGUAGGCGGCGCGCUGCCGGCGGGCGCGUCUGUCCACCACUCGCGCACGUCCUCCUUCGGCGCCGAGGACUCGGUCCCCGACGGGUACCUGCCCAUGGCGCCCGGCCACGAGCCGCUGCCCGCACUCGUGUCCGCUUCGAGCGGCUCCGUGUGCAGCGGGACGCCGUCUACUGACCCUAGGUUUAGGUGA